AUGCCUCGCUUCGACGACUCCGAUAUUGGAGCCGAUUUGACUCAAACCCGUUCUCCUCGCGACGCCAGACCCAGUGUCGGCGGCAUCACAGCUUCAGAUGGCACCACGCUCCCCAUUCCCGCCGACCUCCAUCACGGUCGCCGGGAAAGUGAAGUCGUCGAAGUGCCUGCCACACGCAGCUCCAUCAGCGAUGCAUCUCAAUACAUGCACAAUCUGAGCCUGAACCCGUCCAUGCGCGAAAAGCGCGGCUCCCGAAACUCGUUUGGCAUUUCAUUGCCCAUCCCCCGCUCUCCACGACCAUCUCGCCUUUCUAUCGUUUCGGGCAUUGACAGCGCCAAAGCUGCCGUCUCGCGCGAGCUGUUGGCCUCUCAGGUCCAGGACAUGGCCAAGGAGAAGGUCGCUGCUGCCAAGAACAUGGCCUUCGCCUUUGAUAUUGACGGUGUCCUGGCCCAUGGCAACCAGGCUAUUCUCGAGGCUCGCGAGGUCCUCAAGAUGCUGAACGGAGACAACGAAUUGGGUAUCAAGAUCCCGCACAUCUUGCUGACCAACGGUGGUGGUAAGACAGAAGAAGAGCGCUGCCAGCAAUUGACCGAGAUCUUGGAGAGUCCCAUCUCCGUUGACCAGUUCAUUCAGUCCCAUACACCCAUGCAAGCCUUGUCCGAAUACUACGAGACUGUCCUCGUCGUUGGUGGUGAGGGCUUCAAGUGCCGCGGCGUCGCACAAAACUACGGCUUCAAGCACGUCUACACCCCCAAGGACGUUUUGGCCUGGGACGCCGAAGCCUCCCCCUGGAGAAACUUUAGCGAUGCCGAGCGUGCCGACGCCCACCCCGUCGACUUCAAGCGCGUCAAGUUCGAUGCCAUCCUCGUCUUUGCCGAUUCCCGCGACUACGCUACAGACAUGCAACUCAUCAUUGACUUGCUACUCUCUGAAGAUGGAUACUUUGGCACCCGAUCCAAGAACCCGGAGUCUGGCAGCAUCCCCAUCUACUUCUCACAGGGCGACAUGGUCAUGCCCACCCAAUUCAAGGGUCCCCCCCGCAUGACCCAAGGCGCCUUCCGUAUCGCCAUCGAAGCCAUCUACAAGGCCCAGACCGGCACCGACCUCGAGCGAGUCGUCUACGGCAAACCCGAACUGGCAACCUACAAAUACGCGGACGAAGUCCUCAAGGCUUGGAUGGAGCAGAUCCACAACGAGAACCGUCUCCCCCAAAACGUGUACAUGAUCGGUGACAACCCAGCCUCCGACAUCAUUGGUGGCAACAUGUAUGGCUGGAACACCUGUCUGGUGCGCACCGGCGUGUUCCAGGGUGGACCAGGAGAAAACGAUCCGAACAGUCCGGCUAGCUUUGGCGUGUUCGACAACGUUUUGCAAGCUGUCCAAGCCGUCGUGCGCAAAGAGCUGGGUAAGGAGUUUAAGUUCAAGUGGAACGAGAAGAUCAAUCCUGUACUUCACGGUGGGGAUAGUCUUUCUGCUGUCGAGUAA